AGGCUAAGGCUAGCUCUGCGAUGGAGGAAAGCUUGCUGUUGUCUAUUCUUUUUUCGAGUCUAGCGCUUUGCCAGAUAGUCACUAUAUAUAGAAUUCCAUUGUCAGAGUAUGUAAUAGCUUCUGAAGGUGAAGAGAUAUCUCUGUACUGUCUCACUAUUAAUAAUGUUCAUCAAGCUCAAACAUCAUGGUUUAUCAGGAAGGUUGGUGAAAGCCUUAGAUCAACAAGCUAUAAUGGGUCUACUGGAGAGCUCACAGAGCCAUCAGAUUUUAUUGGGCAAUUCACAGCAACUGGUGACCUACUACAAGGGACGCUGACAUUUCAGACUAACUUCACUUUAUUGAACUUUACUAGAGAAUUCGACUUAACUCAGAUUACUUGUGGUACAGGGAACGCUGGAGAAAGUUUCAUAUAUACCAUUGGACUACCAGUUACUCCAUCUCUAAUGACAAAUGAUUCUGUUCAAGCAGUAGAAGAUGGUGAUGUCAGUGUUGAUCUACAGGGAAGACCACCCAAUGCAUUCCCUCCAACUAUAACAUCUUCACAAUUAUCAUUAAAUGAUAAUCCUGUAUCUAACACUGGAGUAACUGUGAAUGAUUACACUGCAUCAUUUACUAAUGUACAACGUAAUCAAUCCGGUAUAUAUACUCUAACUGUUAGUAAUGAUGCUGGAACUAGUAACACUACAUUUACACUUGAUGUACAAUGUAUGUAUAUAUAAAUGUGUUCAUUUGUCAC